AUGGAGUUCAACAGUUCAUUUUACCAGGAGUUUUCAAACAUUUACACUGCCCGCAAAGGCUAUCGACUUGCGGAUACCAUAACGCCAGAACUCCCAACUGAGAAGCUGAGAAGGAUAUGGAACAGUCAGAAUGAGCAGGGCAUCAAAGGCGCUCUUAAGAAGGGCCUACAAAAUGCCAUGACUCCCUUUAACGGCCCUGGGAAAGAAGAGAUACAGAGCUGGGUGGAUGUGUAUGCCGCUUACUUCACUGCUGUUGGUGAGAUCAUCUCGGCGCGUGAAGCGCAAGGGAAGCCCAGUUCCACGACCUCAGAAUCAGAGCUGCCGUGGACAAAGGCGUACGAGGCUUGGAAAGGCUUGCUGAAUACUCUGGUCCGCUGUUACCGGAACAAUGCUUUUGAGGCCUGGACUCUUCCUUGCCUUUACGUGGUAAGCAAGAACCUGCGGGCGUUUGCCAUCAAAGCAGACGAAGAACGCAACAACAGCACCUCUCUGGAUAUGGCUUCAGAGAACUUCGGUGAUGACUACGACCCAGACAGUCACCGUAACCAAAAGUUGGAGGACUGCGCGAGAGUUUUGACAAACGUCUUCCAAGUAUGUCAGACAGAUCGGCUCAACUCGGUAUCUCUGUCUAACAGCAUCCUCCGGAUGCUUAAUGCGAACAAGGCAGACAUGCCUGACUUCUCUGCGUUCCCGAAGUCACAGCAAGUCACCUUCAAGUACCAUGAAGGAGUCUUGGCCUUCCUUGAGGAACAUUAUGACAAGGCAGAAGAAAGCUUAACUGAGGCUUGGAAUCUCUGCCACAAGGAUGCGACGAGGAAUAAGGAGCUUAUCCUUACCUACCUCAUCCCGUCCCAUCUCGUUAACACUCACACCUUGCCAAGCGAAAAGCUCCUGGCCCCAUUCCCAAAGCUGCAAAAGCUUUUCCUGCCCCUUUGCCGGCACAUCAAGAAGGGCGAAUUGCACAAGUUCGACCUUGCACUACAGGCGAAUGAAGAUGAGUUUGUUAAGCGUCGCAUCUACCUCACAUUAGAGCGUGGUCGUGACAUCGCCCUACGUAACUUGCUCCGCAAGGUCCUUGUUGUCAAUGGCUGGGAGCAGCCCAAGGAGCCUGGCGGGCAGCCUGUGCGUCGUACUCGGGUUCCAGUUGCCGAGUUCGCGGCGGCUAUCAGCGUUGGCAGUCAGGAGAAGAUUGACAACGACGAGGUGGAGUGCUUGCUGGCCAACAUGAUUUACAAGGGUCUCAUGAAAGGAUACGUCUCCCGACAGCAUGGAAUGGUGGUUUUGAGCAAAUCCGGCGCAUUCCCUGGCACAGGCAUCUGA